AUCGGGGUUUCCGACUAGUUUCGGACCCAAAAAUACUAUCAAAAUAAACCGAUACAGAUAUUAUAUUUUUAUACCAUACUAUAUUUACCUAUUGAUCAAUAUGUAACAAUCUUGUGUGCCACUAUUAUUUUUAUGACUAUUGUAUUGUAGGAACUACACAUAAGUAACUAAGCUUUUUAUAAUGUAGUUUCUAUACAAAUAAGGAUGUAAUUAUUUACCUUGUAUACAAUAUAUUAUAUGCGAAUGGAGCUGAGAUCAUAGAUCUCUUCAAUAUUGUUAUUGAAGAGAUCUUUGAUCGAAUAUUGUAUUUUUAUUGAUAUUUCUUUUAGAACAGUAAGAUUUCUGACAACAUUUAUUCACGCCUCUCUAGGCAAUAUUUCAAUAGUGGUUAGCGGUGGCAAACCUUCAAAUGUUUGGAGACUCAUCUCUAAACAUUCGAACGUUUGCUAACACGUCAGUCACGUGACUUAAGGAAACGUCAUUUCCAUACAUUUGUUCGUUCCCUAUUGACGUUAACGAUUUUAUAAAUUUUACUGAGUUCAAUAAGCUGUACUUGUUAAUGAAAGGAGAAAUACAUGUUUUGUACUUUUGGUAUACCACUUUGAUGAGUUUCAUUUGGAUUCCUCAUUAUAAAAGCUAGUUGGGAUAAAGUCUUCAAUUGACCCUUGCUUAAUAUCUUUAGAUACCGCAGGAACGCGAUGCAGGCCACUACGAAGUCCGGCAGGGAAAGGGCAGACACCUAAUCAAGUGGUAGUAAUCAGCUAUAACCGAUAUAAUAAAAUAAUGAAUCGAAUACUAUUUAGGUAUAUGUAGACUUCAUGAUUAGUUAUUUCAUAUCAGAUCUGAUGUACAAAAAUAAGCUAAUGCACGUCAUAAGGAUGAUUAAUUGGUGUGACGAAAUUGAAUAAUGAGACUGAAACUGUUAGUUCGAAGCCAUUCAUGUGUGAAAAUGACCCGUGGGCCCACGAUAGUGCGAGUGGCUCCGAGUGGCGGCGGCGGUGCUAGGGGCAUCAAGUGCUGUUGUUGUCGUUGCUGUGAAUGUCUCAAUCUAGGAUACCUGACUACUCAUCAUGGACUCAUAAAGUUAGCUGAAGCUAUGUUAGGCGGGCUGUGCCAGAGUCUGCUCGUGAAGUAUGGCAUGUCGGAGGCCAGCAGUAUGGGCUCCGCCUUCCACGGGUUCCUCACGACCGCCUCCGCCUGUCUCCUUACUACCGCACUCCUCAUUGCGUGUUACGUACUCUCAUCAAACACCCAACAACUCAUACGGCAAUCCAUCUUUGAAUGCCUGUUUAAUGCUGUGGCGUGCUUCCUGUACCUAUCAGCAUCAUCAUACAUGGGUGUAGCGGUGAACAUCUACCUGUAUCCCCGGUACGCGCUUGUUAACAUGUACGCCGCGUAUCCCGCCAUGACCGCUGUCUACUAUAUCGGUGUGGUGGUAGGAAUACUCCACGGCGUGGAUGCAUACUUGUCUUACAAAUACCACAAAGGUUAUCGGUGAAAAGCUGACAGCCUACGCAAGAUUCUUCUAUAUUUUUAUAAUGCUCUUUACCAAAUUAUGUAACACUUCAUUCCAGUUAAUGAUAUAUACGUGCUUUCAGCGUGUUGAAAGAGAAUGUGUCAAAUUUCAAAUUACACUUCUGUGCACGGAAAAAAAGGACAAGAAAGAUUUGUCCAUCUAAGUAUACAAAUUUUAAUCACGGAUUCCGUAAAACCUAAUUUUUGAGAUACUAGUGCGGCUUCCUUAUAAAAAAAGAAAAUAUCAAUACACAUAAAAGGUAUAACAAAGUUCUGUUUAAACAAGUUGUAAGUAAAUUUUUAUAUAACGUAUAUCGACCUUUGCUUAUGUGUCCUCUCGUUUAUAAUUGUAAUCUAAGUGUUAGCUAUAAAUAAAACGAUGUAACGUAAUUGUGAAAUAAAGCAUUUAUCUAUUUUAUUUUAUUA